CGUGAUUAGGGUAACUUAGGUGGGUGUAGUAAUCACCAACAAAUGGGCUUAAAACAGCGUCGAAAAAUGGGAUGCUCUGAGUGGCUUGCACCCCCAUCUUACAGACUAUACUAAUAAGAUGACAAUAACCAGCGUCCGCCGCAGGCCCAAGCCCAAGACCAAAGGAAAAACCCCCGGCUCCCUCUCUCAUGGCCGCCCACCGACCGCCACCAGCAAACCCGCUGCGUCCCUCUCCGCCAAAGCAACACGCACCCUCAUCCGCGCCCACCACCAGCUCCACAAAGCCCGUGCCCGCGCCCUCGCUGAGAACAACGAAGCGCUCGUGCACGACCUGGACAGGCAGAUCGCGGCACAUGGCGGGCUCGAGGGCUACCAGCUAGCCAGCAAGAAGGGCCAGUCGAAGGAGCGGGGCGGUGAUUCCAGCAAAGUGCUUGUGGACUGGUUGGCGCCUGUGUUUGAGAAGCUGCACCUGCAGCGGCGGAAACUGCAGAAGGAACAGGGCGGCGGUGAUAAAGAAGAGGGUUAUGAUGGAAACGGUGACGCAAAAGUCGAAAGGCGAGAGGAGAAACCACAACCAAAACCAAAACCACGACCACGACCGUGCGCGCAAAUACGGUUACUCGAAGUCGGCGCGCUGAGUACCUCCAACGCCUGCUCGCGCGUCGGCUUGCUGGAUGUCACGCGGAUUGACCUGCAUUCACAGGAGAAGGGCAUCCUGCAGCAGGAUUUCAUGGAGCGCCCAUUGCCCGCAUGCGAGGAGGAAAAGUUCCAUAUCAUCAGCCUAUCGCUGGUGUUGAACUAUGUCUCGGAUCCGGCGGGGAGGGGGGAGAUGCUACGGCGGACAACGGCGUUUUUGACGCCGCCGCCGCCGCUACUGCAGCCGUUUACCGGGACGGUAGGGGAUGCGGCAUCAGGAGACGUUUCGGAUACACAGCCUAGUAGCAGCACAUAUUUACCGUGUUUAUUUCUCGUCCUGCCCGCGGCGUGCGUGCUGAAUUCCCGGUAUUUUACCGAGGGACGGCUGCGGACUAUCAUGGCGAGCUUGGGGUAUAAGAUGGUGCAGAGGAAGGUGACGUCGAAGCUUAUAUAUUACCUUUGGGAAUAUAACGUUGCUAAUGCAACUACUACUGCUGCCGCUGCUGUUUUUAAGAAGGAGAUGCUGAACCCCGGUGGGAAUAGGAAUAAUUUUACUGUUACUCUAGGUUAGGUUCUUUAAGAUAUGGAAAGGGCACAUCGCCUCACAGCUAGCCACAAGCUUUCAAUUAUAGACGCUUGUGUAUACAAUCAAUAGUUUGCACAUAGACAAUUGACAGGAAGUUUGUUCCAUCUUGAUUGCUCAUAUGCCAUUCAUAACUCGUAUAACCUUAAGGGUUAGUCGAUCAUCCCAAUCAGGAAGACCGCCAUCAGAUAUUCCCCUAUAUCUCUCCACAAAAAAAAAAAAAAAAAAGAAAAAAAAGAAAAAGAAAAAAAAAACGAACUCAACUCAACCCAAUCCUCUCCCUCGGAAUGAACGCCCACACCGUCCCUACAACCGCCAUAACCGAACAAACGCCCAACAACACCCAAUCCACCACCCUCUCCCAAAACGGAAUACUGCUCCCGAAUAUCCUGAGAUAAAACGCCACCGGCAGGAUGAUGCAGAUGGUGAUGCACAGACUCGCGCCGAUGAAUGCCAUGAUGCGGUCGAAGUAGGGGAAGACGAUGGCGGUGAAGGUUAUUAUGCAGAUUGUUAGGAUGCGGGCGAUGGAUUGGACGGCUGUGCGGAGGAAGGGGCUAGGUGAGUGGGUGUGGGUGUGGGUGUGGGUGUGGGUGUGGGUGUGGGAUUUGGGAUUUGGGAUUUUGCUUGUUUUUGUGGUGGCGGUGGGAUGGCGGGGGUGGGUGGAGGCCGCAGAGGGAUUCAGCGGUGCUUACUAGGGGGCGGCAGCUGGGGGUUUGGGAAUUCUCGUGGUUAACUUGUUUGUUGUCCCGGUAAGAUGGAUAGGGGGAAGUAAGUACUUACCUAAGAGGUACUUUGGUCAAUGGGAUGAUUGCGAUGAAAGCCACGAUACAGACUGAUAGCCAGUUGGGGUAUCCGGCUGUUCGGAGAAUGUUGGAUGUGAUUUCGUCUCUGACAUUAGGGCCAAACAUGAGCCAGCCAGCAACGGCCAUGGCUAGGUCUAACAGAAACUAUACAAAGGCAGAUAGAUUUAGCCUAAUGUUGCAAGUAGUGCAGGCGGUGGAUAGGUAGAGGACUAACCGUGAAGAUAUAGGUUACCCAAAGACUCACACCGUACUUAUGCGGGUGUCUCAUGUCUUUAUAGAUGUUUGGAAAGACGCUGUGGCCGCCCCAGGGAGCUGGAAGCAUAUGGAAUGUUUAGUACACGAGGUCAAGGAAUUAUCCCAUAGCCGGUUUCUGUAUGGAGAGACUUACACAUGAUUAGUCCAAAUGAAAGUGGAACAGCGCUCCAGUUUUCAGGAAGAAGUGAUGUCCGCGCAGGAUCACGAAGGGAGCCUGGUGACUCUGGUUUGAUGAUGCCAUCAACAAAAAUAAUCAGAACAACUUUUUCAUUGAUUGAUUUGUUAGCCAUGCUCCAAAAAUUAGAGUGUAGGAGAGUAGUUAAGGGGAGGGAGGGCUUUGCGGUGCCCCUCAAUAAAACUUACUAG